AAAAAGUUCAACGAUUCAAAUCUUCCGGCAAAUUUGAAUCAUUACGAAUUCGUCGUCCUUCACUCAAGCGACAAAAAUUCAAAACUUUCCUCGACAAACGAAUUAUUGGAAAGAAGCGAAAAGAAGCCAAGAUGGAGAAGAAGAUUACUCAAGAAGGGCUCGCCCGAAUGAUCGACAAAGGAAUGGGCACACUGUUGGCACUGCCGGAGAUCGAGAAGAAGAAGAAGUCGGGCGAUUUGCCGGAUAACUUCAAGAUGGAAGACGGAUUCGGUGUUUAUCGUGUCGAGGUCGGAGGCAAUGAAUACUUGUGUGUGACGAAUAUUCUGUGCAACAAGUGCGAACGUGUCAAUGGGAAGGUUAAGCGAUGUGAGGCUCAUAAGAAGAAGAGAAAGGCGAGAAAAGUAAGGAAGGAUGGAGAUGUGGCAGAUGAUACUUCUGAUAGAGAAAAACUCGGCGGGCUCCGCCACGUCAACGAUGAAGAGGAAGAGGAGGACAAGAUUGAAGGAGCAGUCACACCCGACUUCGUGAUGACUCCCGGAAUCGGUGGAGCUAUUAUUCUCGUUCCAGUCGACGCAAAGAACAAUGAUAGAGCAGGACCACCGGCCAAGGGACUGAAUCAUGUGAAGGGGAUUCUUGUGAGAGGAGCUGGAAACAUCCCACAAUUCAUUCCAAACGACCGUCUCACCAAGGCUCAUAAACUCCGAUUCGAUAAUUAUAUCGAAGGAGAGUUGAACUUGGUCAAUGGAAAGGAGGUGUUUGUGCCGAACAAUCUGGGAGCCGCCAAGAUGGAUGAGAAGAACGCUCAGGAUGUUGCAAAGGCUGCAGUCGCUGACAAGGUUGAUCAGAAGGUGGUGGAUGCGAUCGGGAAAGACAUGGUGGUUGCCGUCCAAGUCGACGUGGCCGAUAACGGAAUGCCCGUUAUGAAGGUAUUGGAAGGCAAGCCCAAGGACAAGGAGACUCCCGUCGGUAUCAUUGUGAAGGCUAACGACCAAGUCCAAUUCGUGCAAAUCGUUGGAAGAGAGCUCGGUGGUGGAAAGGACGCAAAGAUGAUGCCGUGCACAAUUCCUGAGAAUGGGAAAGUCGGUGACGUUAUCGCUGACGUUUAUGUCAAUAAGGAAGGCAAAGCGGUGUCUGCAAAGCCGGGAGAUGCACCAGCAGGAGCUCCAGUCAUUGGGCAAGUUAUCGUUGGGCAGAAUGAUCAGCUUGUGUUCGUUGCGAAGGGAGAGAAUAAGGAUGAUGCUGUGAAGAAGGGCGCCAAGAUGACCCCGGAGAUGAAGGAGAAGCUGGAACAGGCUCAGGCGAAGGUUCAAGCCGCAGUCACUGGACAAUCAGCGGAUCAUAUCCAAGAGCAAGUCAACAGAAUUGGAGUUCCGGAGGCCGCUGCCACAAGUGCUGCUAAUGGAGGAAAUAAUGCUGGAGGUGGAGGAAGUAGUGCAGAGGUGAGAUCAGUUGGAUUUGGAGCUCAGCAGUUUGGUGGCAGUCAAUUUGCAAGACCAAUUCCCGCUGGAGGAGGUGGAGGAGGAUCUGGUGGAUAUGGAGCUGGAGGCGGAGGAAGUGGUGGAUAUGGAGCUGGUGGAGCUGGAGGUGCCAGAAACUCUGCAUCAAAUGGAUCGUAUGGAUCUUCUGCAAAUGAAGUCAAAUCGGUAGGAUUCGGAGCUCAACAAUAUGGAGGAAGUGUAUUCGCCAAACCAUCUGGAACUGGUGGAGGAUAUGUGUCUGCUGGAUCGUCCGCAAGAAAGUCUGGAGAAUCUGGAGCUGGUGGAGGAGGAGCUGGUGGAGGAAAGGCUGGUGGAGCGAAAAACUCUGCAUCGUAUGGAUCUUCUGCAAACGAGGUUAAAUCUGUGGGUUUCGGAGCCCAACAAUAUGGCGGAAGUGUCUUCAUCCGGAAAUAGAACUGAUGUAUAAUAGAAAUUAAAGUUUUUGAAAAAAUUUUGGAUUUCGGAAAUU